GGGUUUGUAGAGGGAGAGGAGGCCAGCCAAAGCAGAGACAGCAGAAGCAGAGAAAGGAGGUCUUACUAUGAACCAGCGGUGAAAAAGACAGUACAGAGUGUGUGUGAGAGAGAGAGAGAGAGAGAGCGCUGACAAUCAAAUCUUACAGCCAAACUUUUUUAUUACUUCUAGACUCAGUAUCUCCGGCCUCUCUGAGGGUUCCACACACUCUCUCUCUCUCCCUACGUGGUUUGACCAUGAGGGCUAUUUCAGCUCUGCUUUUUCUCGCCGUGGCUCUGCUGCUCGUCAUGGCCUACCAGGCGGCCAGGCAGGAGCUGGGAAUCCGCACCCUCAUGACCCGCCUGAACAGGGCCAAGAAGAUCGUGCAGUUCAACGAAAAGGAGAUCGUGGCCACCAAGGUGAACCUUGAUGCCCUCAACAACAGGAUCGAAUCACUGAAGACGAACGGAGCAGACAUGAAGACACAAAUAAUGGAGGCACAGAAGAGCAAGGAGGACGGCGAAAAAAAUCUGCAGACCUGCAUGAAAGUGAAGGAUGAUAAACUUAACAAGAAAAAAGACAUGACUGACCUCUUGGAUAAAAUGAAAGCGACGCAGGAGGCAGAGAGAGCUAAAGCUCAGGAGGAGGUGCAGAAGCUGAAGCAGCAGAUCCUGGACAGAGACAAGGCCGUCUGCGCCUUUCUGGACACAACGCUUGAAGAGGGAAAGAAAUUGUGUGGAGUGUAGCAGUCACUCUACAAGGCUGUUUAAUUCACCCACCAUAACCACACACACACACACACACACACCAUAACCACAUAAACACACACACACACACCAUAACCACACACACACACACACCAUAACCACACAA